ACAAAUGAGGGACUACGAAAUUGUGCACGGAGAACGAUUUGAUGUUUGUACCUCGUAUCACUCCGUCCAGAAGGUGAUACGUUGCUGCCAGAAGCUGCAACCCGCAUUAUAAAUAUAACCAGUUUGAAAACAGUGAAGUUCAAACUAAGGCUGGUGUAUUCCGUUAUUGCUAGGUUUCUUCUACUGUCUUAGAUUUGAUUUGUGUAAUAUUGCAUUCCGUUAUGAAAAGGCAUUCCAUUAUUUUGUCUUGGAUAGAAAUAUGUCCGUAUUGAAAAGAGCCAAAACAUGGGAGAUAUCUGAAUCUGAGGGCGAAAGCGAUGCUGAAACUCAACCUUCAAUCAAAUGCAUUGCAUUUACCGAUCAGGGUGACGAUAACAAUGAAACAGCGACGGCCAAUAGUCCUACUGACGGUCUCGAACAGGACAACAAAGACCACAACACAGAUUGCAAGUCAACAGCCAAAACCGAACCAAGUGACACAUUGGUGGCUCCACGACCCGCUAGGUCCGGUACCGCAAGUCCGGGGAGAAAACGCCGAACCAAAGUGGAGAUAGAGGCAGACAGACAGAGAGUUGAGGAGAGGAAGGAGGCCAGAGAGAAACUCAAGAGGGUGAGGGCCGAAGAGAAAGAGGAGAGGCGAGAAGAUCAACAAAGGAGAAAAGAAGCUGCAGAGCGUCAAAAGAGCCUCAGACCUGAUAACUGUUUGAAGUGCCUGACUGUCUGUAUUGAUCCAGCUCUACUGCAGGAUGAUGGAUCGGAUGUGUUACUGGGAACUCUGUCUGCAGUUGAGUGGAGGAGCAGCAUUGAGACACAGCAGCUCCCUCACAGCAUCACUUGGACCAGAGAUCUUCCGCCGGAGAAAGACAGCAGUGGACCACUGGAGGAGGAGCAGGUUCUGCUGGUGUUGGGUCUGACUGACUUCAUGGGCAUGGUGGUGUCAGUCAAACAGACACUGCAUGGCAACGGGGAGGAAUCAGCGGUGGAGUCUUUCUUCAAGCUUUUGUCCGAGUGCCUCAACCGAGAUGCCAAGAUGGCGGUUACUGUUUUAGUGAUGGGAUCCAACGCAAAUAGCUGGACUGGGACAUGGGAUGUACCCGAGUUGAGCCAAAGAUCUCAGUUGGGAAUGGAGGAUCUGGACAUUGAGGAGGUAUUGGUUUUCCUGCAACUGUACCGGAACAUUACCGUGGUCUUCCUGGACAGCUGGCAGGAUGUCACAGACCACGUGUGUGCCGUCACCAAGGCCCUGUCCAAACGGCCCUACAAACUGCUGACAGAGCGGUGCGAGUUGCCGUUCUGUGUGGAUGGCUCAUGGGCCAGUGGGGUGCGUGUGGAGCGGGAUGGAGCUGGGCUGGGUGAGGUGUGGAGCAGGCAGAUCACACAGCUCAACAGGGUCAGCCCUGCAGUGGCCUCUACUUUGACCACAGCCUACCCCUCACCGCAGAUACUACUGCAGGAAAGUCCCCAGCUGUCCUCGUCCAUCCCCAGCAUACUGCAAAAACUGUGUUGGAACUUGUCCAGGUUGACCUCAGCGGUCCCGAUGCCCACCAUCUACAUAGAAGACAAAACAUACAAUAAAGGUGGGAACUUGGCCCAGGUCCAACAUGUGGUGUUGAUCCUGUCUGGAAAAGGAGGGGUGGGCAAGAGCACCCUCACCACAGAGCUAGCCCUGGCCCUAAGACACGCAGGCAAGAAGGUUGGGAUCCUGGAUGUGGACUUGUGUGGUCCCAGUAUCCCCCGCAUGCUGAGUGUGGGCAAGCCAGAGGUGCACCAGUGUGACUCGGGCUGGGUGCCUGUCUACACAGAUGCCCAGAAGAGCCUGGCGCUCAUGUCCAUAGGCUUCCUGCUGGAGGACCCAGACGAAGCAGUUGUCUGGAGGGGUCCAAAGAAAACAGCUCUGAUUGGGCAGUUUGUGUCUGACGUGGCGUGGGGGGAACUGGACGUGCUCCUGGUGGACACCCCCCCGGGGACGUCAGAUGAACACCUGGCCGUCCUGGAAAACCUGAAGAAGCAGCACAAAGUGGACGGAGCCAUUCUGAUCACUACACCGCAGGCAGUAUCGACGGGGGACGUCAGGAGAGAGAUAACGUUCUGUAAGAAGACAGGCUUGCGCAUCCUUGGGAUUGUAGAGAACAUGAGUGGAUUUGUGUGUCCACACUGCUCUGAAUGCAGUAAUAUCUUCUCCAAGGGAGGAGGAGAGGAGCUGGCCAAGUUGACAGGAUCAGUAUAUUUGGGCUCUGUGCCCCUGGACCCUCUGCUCACUACCAGUAUAGAGGAGGGCAAAGACUUCAUCCAGACAUUCCCAGACAGCGCCACCUUCAGUGCCAUCAACAGCAUUGCACAGACCCUCCUAACAAGCAUACAGAAUCCCUGAGCAUAUUCAAUAGCAAUACAGUAUCGUAGUAUUUAGCCUUUGUAAAAUCAUGUUGAUAUAUAUAUAUAAUCACACGCAGGCACACACAACCAACCACACAAGACAUUUUUACAUUGCAUCUAUCUUGUCAUGUACUACUGGUAUGUAAAGCUUCAGAAAACUACCCACAUGUAAUACUUCACAAAUGUAAUAAAGUGGGCUGAUAUUUAAUUGA